AUGGCUCAACGACAGAAGUGGGUCCCACUCGAGGCCUCGACUGAGGUGUUCACGGACUGGGCGCGGCCUCUCGGACUUCCUGACCAGCCCUUAUCGUUCCAGGACGUGUGGUCGCUCGACGAGGAUAUGCUCUCCUUUGUUCCGCAGCCCGUGAAAGCAGUACUCUUACUGUUUCCUGCCCGCGGCAAGCUGCAGGGUGUACGGAUCAAGGACGAUGCAGAUGAGGGGAACCGAUUCAAAGGCGACGUGUGGUACAUCAAGCAGCAGAUCCCAAAUGCCUGCGGCUCCAUUGGCCUCCUCCACGCGCUCCUAAACCUCCCCGAGGGUGACCUCGAGAAAGGCAGCAAGCUCCUGCAGUUCAAGGCGGCCUCACUUCCCCUCGACCCACUCGCCCGCGCCAAGCUGCUCGACGAGACCGAGUUCUUUAGCGAGGCACACACUGCCACCGCUCAGAGCGGUCAGAGCGAGGUGCCCACUGGCGACGCACUUGAGAACGUCGACAACCACUUCCUCGCCUUCGUUCAGGCCAAGAACGAGAAAGGCGAGACGCGCCUUGUGGAGCUCGACGGCAACCGCGUCGGCCCGCUCGACUGCGGGCCUAGCACCGACCUGCUGCGCGACGCCGCCAGGCUUGUGCGCGAGAAGUAUAUCCCCAACGCCGAGGGUGACGUCAGCUUCAGCAUGAUUGCGCUUGCGGGCGAAGCGGAGUAG